GUAUAUGUUUAUAAAUAGAUAUGGUAUUUGCUUAGAAUUAUCAUCUUCAAUCAAAUGUUAUAGUUCUUGAUUUAUAAUAUAUAUCAAUCACAAGUUUGUGUUGCAUCAACCAUUCACCAUCAUGGCAAGAACAAGUAUGGUCAUCAGCAUUGCCUUCACUGGUUUCAUUAUGUUGUCUAUUGCACAGAUGGCAUUAGGGGUUUCAAGAGUCGAUCUAGUAGUGGGUGCACUGGUAUCUGGGCCAUCAGAGACGGCUAAAGUAGGGCGAGAUGGAGAGAUCAGUGUGGAUUUAGAGAAUGGUCAAGUAAAUACAAAUGGGCACACUGGAGUGAAUGCAGCAGGGGGGUUACUAGACGCGAACAGAAAUGGGAAUACAGGAGUCGACUUACAAAAAGGUCAGGUAAAUAAAGGAGGGGAAACUACGGUAACUGCCGCAAAUGGAUUGGUGGAUGUGAAAAAGGGUAAAGAAACGGCUGUGAAAGUAGGCAAUGUAUCCUUCGGACUUCCAGAAAAUAAGAAUGCUGCAGUGCCAGAAAAUUCUUAUCCAGCAAAUAAGGAUAUGCCCGCAACCAAAAAUACCAAAGAAAGCUAUAACUAAGAGCGGUUAGAAAGGAGGGUUUUG